AUGGUUAUCUUCAUUUGUAACCCCAUUUUCUUCACUAUCGCAAUUUUCAUGUUCUCAAUUUGGGCUAUACACAAGUUAUUCUCAAUCGAAACAGUGAAGAGAAAAUGGAGAAACAUAGAAGAUUGGUUCCACGUGUAUCAUGUGUUCAAUGUUCCAGAACUAAGCGACAACAUGCAGUACAACACUUUUUACAGAAAACUCUCUAUAUACUUUCAUUCUCUUCCUUCUCUCCAAGACUCACACUUGAAUAACCUAAUCACUUCCGAUUAUAACCAAAACGACGUCGUUCAAUCCCUCGCCCCUAACCUAACCGUUCAAGAUCAUUUUCUCGGAGCCACUCUCUACUGGUUCAACCAAACCGAACCGAACCGGAUCUUCAUUCUCAAGAUCAGAAAAAUCGAUAAACGAAGAAUCAUUCGUCUUUAUCUUCAACAUAUUCACGCCGUCGUUGACGAAAUCGAGAAACAAGGAAAACGUGAUUUACGGCUUUACAUGAACGUUAACGCCGGUGGCGGUGUACGAUGGAGAUUCGUUCCGUUCAAUCAUCCUUCUACAUUUGAAACAAUCACAAUGGAACUAGAUCUCAAAAACAAACUCAAAUCCGAUCUAGAAUCGUUCCUCAAAGGUAAACAAUACUAUCAUCGGAAUGGCCGUAUCUGGAAACGAAGCUUCCUGUUAUACGGUCCUUCCGGCACCGGAAAAUCAACCUUCGUUGCCGCCAUGGCCAAUUUCCUCUCCUACGAUAUCUACGACAUAGACCUAUCAAAACUUCACGGCGAUACGGAUCUGAAAUCUCUCUUCCUCCAAACAACGUCGAAAUCGAUCGUUCUAGUUGAGGAUCUAGAUCGGUAUCUUGAUCAGAAAUCAUCUACGAGAAUGAGUUCAUCGGCGAUGUUGAAUUUCAUGGACGGAAUAUGGAGCGGCGAAGAGAGAGUGAUGGUUUUCACGAUGAACAGCAAAGAGAAUGUGGAUCCGGAUCUACUUCGUCCGGGUCGGGUCGACGUACAUAUCCAUUUUCCUCUUUGUGAUUUCUCAUCCUUCAAAACGCUUGCUAGUAACUACCUUGGUGUGAAGGAUCACAAGCUUUUCCCUCAGGUGGAAGAAAUUUUCCAAAACGGAGCGAGUUUGAGUCCAGCAGAAAUCGGUGAGUUGAUGAUCACGAACCGGAACUCGCCGAGUCGUGCGAUUAAAUCAGUCAUCACAGCAUUGAAAACAGACGGUGAUGGAAGAGGGUGUAAAUCGAUCGAACGGCGCACAGGGAAUGACGGUGAUGACGUGGAUGAGGGUGUAGGUGAUCCUUCGUUUAAAGAGAGAAAGAAACUUUAUGGGUUUUUAAAAUUGAGGGCUUCUAGAAGAAAAUCUUGUUCGUCGUCGCCUAACAACAGUGCAUUUGGAAGUCCGUUACGAAUUUCUGAGUCAUGA